CAACUCAAUGUUAUCACAUUCAAAAAAAGGAUAUUCAUUCAUUAUAUUUUUUCUCUUAUCAACAAAAAACUUUGAUUUGAUUAAUUUCAUCAAAAAUUAUGGGAAAUAGUUUAAGGUGUUGUUUGGCUUGUGUUCUUCCUUGUGGUGCACUUGAUUUAAUUCGUAUUGUACAUUUAAAUGGUCAUGUUGAAGAAAUUACAAGUCCAAUCACAGCCUAUGAAGUUUUAAAAAAUUACCCUAAUCAUGUCUUGAGUAAACCAUGCUCUCAAGGUACAAUGGCUCGCCGGAUUCUGAUCUUAUCGCCGGAAUCCGAGCUCAAAAGGGGUAGUAUAUACUUCUUAAUUCCCGCAUCUUCUGUCCCGGAGAAGAAGAAAAAAUCCGGGAUCACAUCCUCCUCAAUCAACAGACUACCAAAAAAUAAUAAUAAGAAAUGCCACGUCACCAUCAACGAUGGUGAUCGCGAUUUUUCGAGUGAUAGUACAAUGCCAAAAUUAAAGAAGUCAUCAUCUCACCGGAGGAGUAAGAGCGGCAAGGUGGUUGUGUGGAGACCUCAUCUCACCACUAUCUCUGAAGACUAAAGUUUUUUUUUUUAAAAAAAUAAUCUUUUUUCUUGUUUUUAUUAUUAUUACUUUUUAUUAUUUGUAGAUAAUUUUUAUUUUUAUUUAUUUUCCACUCUGCAUUUAAUAGUAGCAGAUUUGGAUUGAAAGGGGGAUAUUAUAAGCCCAAUGAAAUUUACGAGAGAGAGAUUGAAGAGUGCUUAUGGAAGUUGUACUCAAAGAUGAGGAGAUUGUACUUUAAACUCUCUUUCAAAAAAUGGAAGAGGGUGAAAAGUAUUGUUUUUUUUUGUUUUUUUCCUCUUUCUUGUAAAUUUUUGGGGCUUCACAAUAUGAACUUUUUAUAAUGUUAUACAAGAGUUUCCUCCUUUUAAGAAAUUAA